CGUGUUGCUUGAAUUAUAGGAUUUUCUGUUUCUUCGAUAAAAAAAUGGUUAAUCAAGAUAGGGAGGAAGGGAAUAGGGUUGAUCGUGACAGGAGUAAGAAGGAUUACAGAAGCGAAAGGCGUGAGAAGAGUAGCGAACAGAUUGAAGACGGUGAAAUUAGGGAAAGUAGAGAUAGACGGGCUAGAGGCGAAGAUAAGGAUACCAGGGUUAAGGAUAGGGAUAGGGAAGAUAGUCGACGCCAUGAACGUGAGGAGCAUAGAGAAUCUCGCCACCGAGGUUAUGACAAAGAUAUGAAGUCAUCAGGGAGAGAGAGGGAGGGGAGAUUGGAGGAUGAGGGUAGGAGGCAUACUGAUCGUAGAAGUUCAAAAGCAGAUGCUGAGGGGGGUGACCUGAAUGAGAAUGACCAUGAUAUUGAAAAUAGUCGACGCCAUGAACGUGAGGAGCAG